AAAGGUACCCGGCUUGCCUUUGCCCACCCAAACAACGACCCCUUUCCUCUCAAUUUCCCCUCUCUCUCUCUCUCUUCCUUCCACUUCCACCCAAUACCAAGUGUUCGCCUUUCCACAGCUCCGUGUGUCGUCGGUCCUCCUCACUUUUUCUUCUUCCUCCAAGCCCCAUACCCAUAUCAUAAAUAAACCCAAGGUUUAAAAAACAAAAGUCUGUUGCGCAACGCAACCCGAAACCCGACCCAAUGCUCUGUCACAUCCUCGCCCGGUCCUCCAUUUCCAUGUGCGCUGCUUCUGUAGCCACUUCUCAUAAUUGCAGCUCAAACACCUAGGGUUUUCAAUCUCUCUCCUCCAAUCCCCUUUACCAUUCAAUUUUAUUACUUCAAUUGUAGCUCAUGGAGCUCCAGAAAGCUCAGCUCUCCUCCACCUUCUACAGAACUAGUCUAGAGGAAGAUGGAGGAGGAGGAGGAGGAGGAGAACAGGCCUUUGACCGGUCGCUGCCGGCCGCGGAGGACCGCAUGAGUGUUGAUCAAUGCGAAGCGAUCGGGGACCUGGAUGAUUCGCAGCUCGUCGGAGCUCCCCAGACGGUCGCCGGCGGCGGCAUGGUUGCUGGUAGGGUGGGGCAGGGGAUGGCGGACGUGGCGGUCAAAGUGGCGGCGGAGAAGAGCUUAGGGAAACGGAGGCGGGGUCGGCCGCCGAGUGGGCACGUCAGAGCGGCCCCGGUGAGGAAGCAGAACGAAGAAGAGGACGUUUGCUUCAUUUGCUUCGAUGGUGGAAGCCUCGUGCUUUGUGACCGCAGGGGCUGUCCUAAGGCAUACCAUCCAUCGUGCAUCAAGCGGGACGAAUCUUUCUUUAAAUCAAAGGCCAAAUGGAAUUGUGGUUGGCAUAUAUGCAGCAGUUGUCAGAAGGCUUCACAUUAUUGGUGUUAUACUUGUACUUAUUCUCUGUGCAAAGGUUGUACUAAGGAUGCUGAUUAUCAAUGCGUACGAGGAAACAAAGGAUUUUGUGGAACAUGUAUGAGAACUAUCAUGCUAAUUGAAAAUGUGCAAGGAAAUAAGGAAGUGGCCCAAGUAGAUUUUGAUGACAAAAGCAGCUGGGAGUAUCUGUUCAAGGUUUACUGGAAUCUUUUGAAAGGGAAACUAUCAUUAACUCUGGACGAGCUCAUUAAUGCUAAAAAUCCAUGGAAAGGAGCUGCUGUUGUGGUUUGUAAGAGGGAUUCUUCGGGUGAACUAUAUAAUGGGGAUAAAACAACAGAUUCAGGUUCUCUCAACUCUUUUGCAGACCUGGAAGCAACACAUUCAAAAAGAAGUAAUAAAAAGCCUAGAAUUUCCAACAAGGAUUUGACUGUUGAAAAAUCACUUGGUGGUAGAGGGAUGCCUUUCUCUGAAGGCACAGUUUGGGCAUCAAAGGAGCUCCUGGCGUUUGUUGCUCAUAUGAAAAAUGGUGAUAUAUCUGUGCUAUCUCAAUUUGAUGUCCAGGCACUUUUGCUCGAGUACAUAAAGAAAAACAAUCUUCGUGAUCCUCGCCGGAAAUGCCAAAUUGUUUGUGAUUCAAGGCUCAUAAAUCUGUUUGGGAAAGAAUGUGUGGGUCACUUUGAAAUGUUAAAGCUUCUUGAAUCUCACUUCCUUAUAAAGGAAAGUUCCAGGGCAGAUAAUAUUAGCAGUGCUGCAGUUGUUACUAGUGUUUCCAGCCAAAUGGAGUUUGAUGGGAUCCAUGAUAAUCAAAUGAUGAUGGGUAAUGAUAAGAGGCGUAAAACACGUAAAAGAGUAGAUGAGAAAGGACCACAGACUAAUCCAGCUGCAUAUGCAGCGAUUGAUGUUCACAACAUCAAUCUGAUUUACUUGCGCCGUAACUGGAUGGAGAUUCUUAUUGAAGACAUUGAUAAAUUUCAUGAGAAGGUGGUUGGUUCAGUUGUGCGAAUAAGAAUUUCUAGUGGUGAUCAAAAGCAAGAGAUUUAUAGGCUUGUCCAAGUUAUAGGUACCAGCAAGGUUGCUGAACCUUAUAAAAUUGGCACAAGAACAACUGAUGUCAAGCUUGAAAUCUUGAACUUAGACAAGAAAGAGGUUAUACCAAUUGAUGAGAUCUCUAAUCAGGAAUUCACCCAGGAUGAAUGCAAACGAUUACGUCAAAGUAUAAGGUGUGGGCUCACCAAACGUUUGACUGUGGGUGAGAUUCAGGAGAAAGCAAUGGCACUUCAAGCAGUUAGAGUAAAUGAUUUGCUGGAAGCAGAGGUAUUACGGCUUAAUCACCUUCGCGACCGAGCAAGUGAAAAAGGACACAGAAAGGAGCUUAGGGAAUGUGUGGAGAAAUUACAGCUUCUGAACUCUCCAGAGGAACGUCAGCGCAGACUGCACGAAAUUCAGGAAGUGCACCCUGAUCCUAGUAUGGAUCCAAGUUAUGAGUCAGAAGACAGUGCUGGAGCAUUCGAUAAGAAACAAGAUGACAAAGUCAAACCAAGGAAAUCUGUCUUUGGUAGAAAGGGAAGGGAACCUUUCCCUCAACCAUGGGAAGGUGACUUUUCAAAUAAUAUUGGAGGCAAGGCACAGAAAAAUCGGGGUAGAGAAACAUUUGGAAUAAAUGGAUGCAGUACAAUAAAGAAUCAGGUCAAUCCCACUGGUUUUACGGCUUUUGAUUGGAAUAAUCAAUCGGUGGUUGAAUCUAAUUCAUCUACAGAGCUUGCAUCAGAAAUUUCAUCGCUACCCUUAUCUGCAGUGAUAAAGACGGACCUAUCUGUUGAUAAUUUUGAGACAGACAAGGUAUGGCACUACCAGGACCCAACUGGUAAAAUUCAAGGACCAUUUGCGAUGAUACAGCUGCGUAAAUGGAGUACAACUGGGCACUUCCCUCCUGAUCAUAGAAUAUGGAGGAUAAAUGAGAAACCAGAUGACUCCAUCCUUUUGGCUGAUGCAGUGAAUGGACAGUAUUAUAAAGAACCAUUAUUGCCACAUGACAGCCACUUACUUUCUCAGGGAUUUACAGUGGCCUUGGAUGAAAGAAACAAUGGCCAGGAUGCUGGAUCAAAGAAGAGUAUGAAUGCAACUCAAAUAGAUGGUAAAAAGGUUGAAGAGAGCUGGAACAUGAAGCAGGAUGGCCAAAGCUUGCAUAAUAAUGGCAACGUUGAACCUGUGAGGUGUACUACACCUGUAGAUGUUGUCAAUUCCAAUGAGGAACAAACCAGAAACCAUUUGCAAGGCCAGGAUCCAUUGAAGGUUAAUAGUUCUUCACCCGAUAAAGCCCAAGAGAGUGGUUCACUACCUUCACCUGUAGUGCCUGUGAAACCAUAUGAAACACUAGUAGGAGAAAGUAGAGGAGCAGAAAAUAACUCUGAUCAGAACAAUGGAAAUUUGGAUCCACCAAAGACAGCUCAGGGUCAAAUUAUGAAUGGACAGUGUACUGAGAACCGAUCUGAUAGUGAGGGCCAUUCAGGCCAAUCUUCUGGACAAAACUGGAGACCUCCACCUGUAAGUAGUCCUUCAAAUGGCUGUGAUUCCAACUCUGAUUUAAUUCCUUUGUCUAAAUCAUGUGAGACGUCAGAACAAGAUCAGAGGGAACUUAGUUUUCCAGAUAUUCCCAGUCCCACUCCAAAACCAAGCAAUGGAGAUUUACUUGGUCAGGCUGCUGAAAAUAAGCAGUCUGUAUCUUCAAAUUUUCCUGUUCAGGAUGCUGGACCUAGCUGGAGCACUGCUUCUAGUUUAGGGGGUGGUGGGGCACAACUUCCCGAAGUAGGUGGUGAAUGGGGUGGGUAUUCCCCAACUCCGGCCAAACCUACUUCUCUUGAGGAAUGGGAAUCCAGUCUUGUCUCUGCAUCUUCUCUAAAACCAAGCGAGAUGGCAGGUGAUUGUGUUGCUACCGCGGUUUCAGUGAGUGGUCAGCUGACUCAUUCUUCCCCAUCCCAUCCUACCUCUAAUGCAUCUGGUUGGCAGGACAUUCUUACUGGAUCCACUGAAUUUUGCACUUUAGCUGGUGAAUCAGUUUCAGAUCUUCUGGCUGAAGUUGAAGCAAUGGAGUCUCUCAGCGGCUUGGCUACCCCGACAUCAAUCAUGAAUUGUGGAGGUGAAUUUACAGAGGGUUCCAAAAAUGAGAGUAUCAGUUCUGUAGAGGGAUUUAGCCCCCCCGACCCUGGUAAAGGUGAUGCCUUAAGCUCCAGUGGUGAUUUGCGGGUACCUAUGGUGUCGGAUGAACCACUUGGGGAAUGCCAGGGAAAUGCUGUUGAUCUGCAAAAAGGAUGUGGUGUGCAUUCUUCCACAAGCACUGAAGCGGAGGGAGACAGAAAACCGAGUGAUGUUUCAGUCAACCAAUGGGAGGCAGGAACAGAGAUCCAAACCACUGCACCACCCAAGGAAAAUUGGGACAUAGCUAGUACAGACAAUCAAUGGAAAGCCAGGUCAGAAAGCACAGAAACCAGUUGGGAAGCAGCCCAGGGAAAUGCAAACAUGGGCUGGGGAGGUGGUCAGGGUAUAGUGCAGGGAAACACAAGCAUCCAUCCAGGUACUCCAGCUGGGGCCAUGUUGGAAAGCCAGUCGAGGUACGGCGGAGACAGAUUCAUCGGUCCAAGAGAUCGGGGUUUUCAGAAUAGGGAUGUAGGUUUUGGUAGGGGUAGGUUCCAAUGGAACAGGCAGACAUAUGGAAAUGGAGGAGGUUCAUUCAGGCCUCCUCCCAAAGGCCAGCGGGUAUGUAAAUAUUAUGAAAGCGGGUACUGCAAGAAGGGAGCAUCAUGUGGUUAUUUGCACCCAUGAUUUUGGGUGCCAGAACAAUUAGACACAUUUAAUUCUGUAAUCAUUACUCAUAAUUAGGAGGCUCUGUUGUUGCCAAUGCUGUAAUUUAACAUGUAAAAGUAGCCAUCAAGAGGCUUUAGUGCAUAAUAAUAUUUUUUGGGUUAGCUUA